CGCCGCAACCAGAGCCAGCGCGUGCGCUGUGCGCAGGCCGCAGCCAGUGCCUGUUCCCGGAGCGUGCCGGCUGGGAGUCGGCGGGGUCCCUGGGCUGCUGGGAGCGAGUCUGUAGCGCGAGGCGUCCUUGAGCUGAGGACCAUGAACCGCAGCCGCCAGGUGACGUGCGUGGCCUGGGUCCGCUGCGGCGUGGCCAAGGAGACUCCGGACAAGGUAGAGCUUAGUAAAGAAGAAGUGAAACGUCUCAUUGCUGAAGCAAAGGAAAAACUACAAGAAGAAGGUGGCAGUGAUGAAGAGGAGACAGGCAACCCUUCAGAAGAUGGCAUGCAGAGUGCACGUACCCAGGCGCGACCAAGGGAGCCCCUGGAAGAUGGUGACCCAGAGGACGACAGGACGCUGGAUGACGAUGAGCUGGCCGAGUACGACUUAGAUAAAUACGAUGAGGAAGGCGACCCAGAUACUGAAACUCUUGGGGAGUCUCUCUUGGGUCUUACAGUCUAUGGAAGUAAUGAUCAGGAUCCUUACGUUACUCUGAAAGAUACGGAGCAAUAUGAACGUGAAGAUUUCUUGAUCAAGCCCAGUGACAAUCUCAUAGUCUGUGGCAGAGCUGAACAAGACCAAUGCAAUUUAGAGGUGCACGUUUAUAAUCAGGAGGAAGAUUCUUUUUAUGUGCAUCAUGACAUCCUGCUGUCUGCGUACCCGCUAAGCGUGGAGUGGCUGAAUUUCGAUCCCAGCCCAGAUGAUUCUACAGGAAAUUAUAUUGCUGUGGGAAAUAUGACUCCCGUUAUUGAAGUGUGGGACCUUGACAUAGUGGACUCUCUAGAGCCAGUCUUCACGCUUGGAAGUAAGCUAUCAAAAAAGAAGAAGAAGAAAGGAAAGAAGAGUUCCUCAGCAGAGGGGCACACCGAUGCUGUCCUGGACCUUUCUUGGAAUAAGCUGAUCAGAAACGUGUUGGCAAGUGCAUCAGCUGACAACACUGUAAUUCUAUGGGAUAUGUCCUUGGGGAAACCAGCAGCUAGCCUUGCCGUACACACUGACAAGGUCCAGACUCUGCAGUUUCAUCCAUUUGAAGCACAGACUCUGAUUUCUGGAUCCUAUGACAAGUCAGUGGCUUUGUACGACUGCCGAAGUCCAGAUGAAAGUCAUCGGAUGUGGCGUUUCAGUGGACAGAUUGAGAGAGUGACUUGGAAUCACUUUUCACCUUGUCAUUUUUUGGCCAGCACAGAUGAUGGCUUUGUAUAUAAUUUGGAUGCACGUUCAGAUAAGCCAAUUUUUACACUUAAUGCACACAAUGAUGAAAUCUCUGGUCUUGAUCUAAGUAGUCAAAUCAAGGGCUGUCUUGUGACAGCAUCAGCAGACAAAUAUGUGAAAAUCUGGGAUAUAUUAGGAGACAGGCCAAGUCUGGUUCACUCUAGGGACAUGAAAAUGGGAGUUCUCUUCUGUUCUUCCUGUUGUCCCGAUUUGCCAUUUAUUUAUGCCUUUGGAGGUCAGAAAGAAGGGCUUCGAGUCUGGGAUAUAAGCACAGUCUCCUCAGUAAAUGAAGCAUUUGGAAGACGAGAGAGGCUUGUUCUCGGCAAUACAAGAAGUUCAUCUAUCAGUGGCCCUUUUGGAAGCAGGAGCUCAGACACACCAAUGGAGUCUUAAUGAAGAUCAUAAAAUUUUUAUUACCUUAACUCAGUUUUUUAAAAAGCUGACCUGAAAACAUCCAUGUCUAGCCACAGACAUGUCGUAACUGGAACACAUUUCAUUUCUUACUGCCAGGCAUUCCCUGCAGUUGGGGGCAGCACAAACAGCAGUGAUGCUUCUGCAUUUCUUGAAGAAGAUAAGAAAAACAAAGGUUUUUGUAAAAUAGUCGUUUACGGAAUUUUAGAAAAAAAUCCUUUAAAAGCAGUGAUUGGGCCAAGAUAUCACACUAGCCGUGAACACCCAGGAAUUGCUCUUCCUGACUUGACUAUUCUCCAAUUAACGUUCAUAAUUUUAAAAGUGUUCUCAGUGCUAUUCGUAAAGUUCAGUAACUAAAUUAAAAGUGUCCUAACUCCCCUCCCACAACAUGGUAUUCAUUGUUAUCAAAGAAAGGGGGCGUGACAUUGUGAUGGUGUCAGUCCAAGAAGAUAGAACAUCCAUAAAUAUCAUAGACGCACUAAAAAUAUAAAGGAAAUGUUAACAGACCUAAAGGGAGAAACAGUAAUACAAUAGUAGUAGGGGACUUUGGCCUUAAUAGACAUGUACAGAAUAUACAUUCUUCUAAGGCACACAAAUUCUCCAGGAUAGAUCAAAAAGAGUUUUAAUAAAUCAAUAAAUUUCAGAAAAUUAAAAUACCAAGUAUCUUUUUUGACCACAAUGGUAUGAAACUAGAAAAUUAUAUGAAGCAAACUGGAAAAUUUGCACAUACGUGGAAACUAAAUAACAUGCUACUAAAAAGCCAGUAGGUCAAAGAAGAAAUUUAAAAAUACCGUGGGACAAAUAGAAAUACAAUAUGCCAAAAUUUCAGGGACACAGCAACAGCAGGUCUAAGAGAAGUUCACAGCAAUAAAUGCCUAUAUCAAGAAAGGGGCUCUUAAUGUAAUUUUACAACUCAAGAACUAAAAAAAAAAAGGAACAAAGCCCAAAGUUAGUAGAAGGAAAUAAAAACUAAAAAGAAUAGAAAAGAUCAAUGAAACCAAAGGCUGGUUUUUUUUUUUUUUUUUGGAAUGAUUGACAAACCUUUGCCUAGACUAAGGUAAGGAAAAGGGAAGCAAAAUCAGACAUGACAAGGAAGUUAACACUGAUAAACCACCAAAAUACAAAGGGUCAUAAGAGACUUUUAUGAAUAACUAUAAUACGACAAAUCAGACGAUGUAAAGGAAACGGAAAAGUCCUCAAAAUAUAUUACCUACCAAGUCUGAAUCAUGAAGUAGAAAAUCUGAAGGGACCAAUAACUAGUUAGAUUGAAUCAGUCAUCAAAAACUUCCCAAUAAACAAAAAUUAAGGACCAGAUAGAUUCACUCGUGAAUUCCACUAAACAUUUGAAAACGCAUACCUCAUCAAUCCUCAAACUCUUCCAGAAAAGUGGAGAGGAAGGAAUACUUAAAACUCAUUUGAUAAGGCCAAAAUUUCCCUGAUAUUAAAUUAGAAAAGGACACAAGAACAUUAUAGGCCAAUAUCCUGAUGAACAUAGGUGCAAAAGUCCUAAAAAUACUAAAACUCAAGGAUCAUACACCAUAAUCAAGUGGGAUUUACUCCAAGAAUGCAAGGGUGGCUCAAUAUCUGCAAAUUAAUCAUACAUCUCAUUAACAGGAUUAAAUAGGGUCAUCUUAAUAGAUGCAGAAAUAAUGUCUGACAAAACUGAAUAUUCAUUAUAAAAACUCAAAGCAGGCAGGCAGGAAUGUACCUCAGUUAAUACAAGAUCAUGUAUCACAGGUGUACAACCAAAAUGUUCAGUGAAAAGCUGAACGCUUUUCCUCUAAGGUCAGAAAACAGGAUGUCCACUUUUCCUGCUUUUAUUCAACAUAGUAUUGAAAGCCCUAACCAGGGUGAUUAGACUGUGGAAAAAUAAAAAUAGGUCAGACCACCAAAAAAAAAAAAACCCUAAAAGUUCGG